CAAAAAAUAUUCCACCCGCCGCUAAAAGUCUAAAACUGCACAAACCCCCCUAAUCAUGUGCCAAAAAGUGCGCACACUCUCAUUAGGGUUCUACUCUCUCUGCUUUCUACUCUAGAACUAGCUACCCAAGGGUUUCUCUUCGCCACCAUCACCACCACGACUUUCCCUUUUUUCACAUUUGCACAACACUCAACACCCAACCCAUCUCAUGUUACACCAUCCCAAAGAGCACCAAAUCUAUUCUAUUUAUUUAAAUAGUCAAAACAGAAUAUGAACAUGGAAGCUAGAGUUGGUGCGGUUGUUGAGGGAGGGCAGAGAGCACUUAAUUCUGCCGCCGCCGCCGCCCAUGGAAGCAUUUUGGAUGCAGGUGCCAGGAGAUUCUUGCAGCAGCAACAUAACAACAGUCACCAACAACAUUCACAGCUAGGAACUAUCCAACAAUUGCUUGCUGGUGGUAUUGCUGGUGCUUUUAGUAAGACUUGCACGGCUCCUCUCGCGCGACUUACUAUCCUCUUUCAGGUUCAAGGUAUGCACUCUGAUGUUACAGCAUUGAGCAAGGCUAGCAUAUGGCGGGAGGCAUCUCGUGUUAUGAAUGAAGAAGGGUUUAGGGCAUUUUGGAAAGGCAAUCUAGUGACUAUUGCGCACCGCCUUCCUUAUUCUUCAGUCAGCUUCUAUGCUUAUGAACGUUACAAGAGUUUAUUGCAAUCAGUUCUUGGUGUUGAAAAUCACAGGGGGAAUGGGACUGCAGACCUUGCUGUGCACUUUAUAGGUGGUGGGAUGGCAGGAAUAACAGCUGCUUCUGCCACGUAUCCACUGGAUCUUGUGAGGACACGCCUAGCAGCACAGAGAAACACAAUAUACUACAGAGGUAUUUUGCAUGCAUUUCACACCAUAUGCAGAGAAGAAGGUUUCCUGGGCUUGUAUAAAGGACUUGGAGCGACAUUACUUGGUGUUGGACCUAGUAUAGCGAUAAGCUUUUCUGUUUACGAGUCUCUCAGAUCGUUUUGGCAGUCUAAAAGGCCCAAUGAUUCUACUGUCAUGGCUAGUCUUGCUUGUGGCAGUCUUUCAGGCAUUGCAUCCUCAACAGCAACAUUUCCUUUGGAUCUUGUGAGGAGAAGAAUGCAGUUGGAAGGGGCUGGUGGUCGAGCACGUGUCUACACGACUGGCUUGUUUGGAGCAUUUGCCCAUAUAAUCCAGACUGAAGGGUUGCGAGGCAUGUAUAGAGGCAUUCUGCCCGAGUACUACAAGGUGGUUCCCGGUGUUGGCAUUGUGUUCAUGACUUACGAGACAUUGAAGAUGCUACUAUCGUGCACCCCCAGCAGUUAUUAGUUGCAUCAAAUCAGUUUAUAUGGAUACUAUCUAUUUGAGCCCAUAACAUGAGAAAAAUGAAUGAGAAGAAGAAUCAGUUUGUUAUUUCUAGUUGAAGUUAGAUUGGAGAAAUAUCUCGAGUUACUGUGACAAGAAAUUCCAUGGUGGUAAAUUUUGUCAUUGCUGCCGUGAGACUAUACUUCUAUUUAAUGUAUAGGUGCCAUUUCAUGCAAAGAUGAAAUGUUUGGAGAGUUGGGCUUACAACCAUAAGGAUGCAGGUUUUGAGAAUUGGCUAAUUCAUGCGAAGAUGAAGGUCUCUAUAUUUCUGUAGGACAAUAACUUGGUGAUAGUAGGGUAGAUUAGAUUGCGAGAGCUACACAAUUGUAUCCGAUACCAAUAUAUAGUCGUUAAGUUAGCAGUCGUUGAUGAUCUCAUCAUCUCAACAGUUUUGUCAUCCCAGCUUGUUUCGUACUUGCCUAGCAGUCUUGUAAUCCUAGGCUUGUGUAUUACUUUUGUUUGAGCAGGUACUGUUUGAGUGUUCUUAUGGAAGAAGUCAUUUCCUAUUGUCA